AUGACUUCGAUGCCCCACAGUGACACAUCCUCGCGGCCUCGGAGCCGAGAGACGGGCUUCCCAGAGCCCUUCUGCGGUAGUCGCAAUACAACUCUGCCGCACCCUGAUGCAGACACGUCGCCAAACGCCUGUAUCUCGCAAGAUGACAUCUCCAUCAGCCGCGUCGAGUCUCGACAACGUCGCUCUUUCCGCGCGAAGCACAAGCGUACCAUCAGCCACGGUCUCAUCACGCCGGAGAUGGAACAGAUGUACAGUAUGGUUGCUGUGACCAGUGAUUCGGACUCGUCACCCACGAGGGAGGAUCUCGAGCGGCUUCCGACCAUCCCCGGAACGCCAGCCGUGGGUCACAUGGCAAGGCCUCCGUCAAAGGACGGCGGCAUUAGCAUCGCCUCUACCUCGACGGGCGACAACCGAAAGUCAAUGGACCAUCACAACACCUUUCGGUCGCGGUUAUCGAGCGACAACUCCUCUGUCAAGUCACGGAAGAAGGGUUUCAUGCAGAGGCUGGGCAUCUCACACCACAGAUCCUAA